AAUCUCAGCAGCCAGCACACACCAGUCCCAGCGAAAAGCCGGGCUCCAAAAUCCCCAAUCUGCUCCAGGUGGUCAAACCAUUCCACCAUUCCCCGGCGCACCACCAUGGCAGCAUCCCCGCCGGCGAUCCUGGACGAGCUCUUCGAAGUGAUCCUCCUCCGCCUCCCGCCCGACGACCCAGCCUGCCUCCUCCGCGCCUCCCUCGUCUGCAAGGCCUGGGGUUGCGCCGUCUCCCGCCCCCACUUCCGCCGCCGCCUCCACGAGCUCCACCGGGCGCCCCCGGUGCUGGGCCUCCUGCACGACCUGGAAGACGAGCGCAUCCCACGAUUCAUCCCCACCACCGCGUCGUCCUUCUCCCUCACCGCUCCGCACAACCGGUACUGGCGGACCCUCGACUGCCGCCACGGCCGCGCCCUCUUCCUCUCCAACCCCCAGUCCCCGGAAACCCAGGAGCUUCUCGUGUGGGAGCCAAUCACGGGUGCCCAGCAGCGCAUACCGGUGCCCGCGGCGCUCGAGAGCAACUUCCCCAUGGCGGCCGUGUUCUGCGCAGCGGACGGGUGCGACCACCGCGCCUGCCUCGGGGGCCCUUUCCGCGUGCUCUUCAUCCUCUCGGUCGUGGUAGGCCAAGUCACUGACGACGACUGCUAUCUCACGUCGGCGUGCGCAUAUUCGUCGGAGACUGGCACCUGGGGCGAGCCGACCUCGUUGCCCCGCCGCUCGCCCAUGCCCAUGUGCUUUACAUUUUAUUCCAGUGUGCUCGUUGGAAAGUCUCUGCUCUAUUUCAUGUCUGAUGAUGCGUUCAUUCUCGAGUGUGACUUGGCAAGGCACAGACUGGCUGUGUUCAACCCACCAAACCAUGAGCCGGUCUGCGGCCAAUAUACCAUCAUGCUGGCGGAGGACGGUGGACUGGGAGUUUGCCAAAGGAUGGAUCAGCAGCUCAAAGUGUGGUCAAGGGAGGUGAGUGACAGUGUUGAAGCACGAUGGGUGCUGAGCCGGGUCGUCUACCUGGAAAAUUUGCUCCCGGUUGGUGCUCUCGUGGAUGCAGAGACUAGAGUGCAAGUGCUGGGCUUUGCCGAGGGAGCAAAUACCAUUUUCCUAACCACGGUUGAUGGCAUCUUCAUGAUCAAACUGCAAUCGGAGCGGGCGAGGAGGGUGUGCGAUGAAUCCGAUGAUCAUCUCUUUUGUGAUUUGAUUCCGGUUGUCAGCUUCUACACUCCUGUGCCUCGAGGUGAGCACAGGGAUCCGUCGUUGAAGCAUAGUGAGGAUGCAGGUGGUGAGGAGAAAACAGUAUAUCAGGUACAACAAUUGAUCAACAAAAUGAGUCAAAUGUUACCAGGGGGGGACUUUGUCAACGCUUUCGAUUGCAUCAACCACGCCAUAGAGAACAGGGUUCCACCCUAUUAUGAAGUUGCUCCUGAGUGUACCAGCAUGGUUUACGGACAUUGAUGCAGCUUGCUAUAGGAAGAAUCCAUGAAGACUUCAGCCAGCAAAGAAGAUGCUAGGAACUCAAAAGACCUCAGGUAGCAAUGUUAAUGAUGCUCCACCUUCAGAGAAAAGGUGAUUCUGAAUAAUGUGUUGUAUAUACCACUGAUCCUUUUGCCCCAGAGGCCCAGACCUGUGUGGCUAAAUACUCAAAAUUUUCAUUAUUCUGUAAGUAUAUCUGUAUAUGUCUGAAAUUCUAUUUGUAUGAAA